GAGAUCCCCAAUUUUAGGAUUUGUAUACGACUUAUUCUUUCUAAUAAUAUUAUUAAUAGGCGUGAAAAUUGCAAUGACAAGGGGAAAAUCAGCAGGGGUGAGAAGUAUACAUACUUCAGAAGCCUCUCAGAGACUACAUGCAGGAGAUCUCACAUAUGCCUAUUUAGUAGGAUUGUUUGAAGGUGAUGGUUAUUUUUCCAUAACAAAAAAAGGUAAAUAUUUAACAUACGAAUUAGGUAUUGAAUUGUCUAUUAAAGAUGUACAGUUAAUUUACAAGAUAAAAACCAUUUUAGGUGUAGGUACUGUAAGCUUUAGAAAAAGAAAUGAAGUAGAAAUGGUAGCUUUAAGAAUAAGGGAUAAGAACCAUUUGAAAAAUUUUAUAUUACCUAUAUUUGAUAAAUACCCUAUGUUUUCUAAUAAGCAAUAUGAUUACUUAAGAUUUAGAAAUGCAUUACUUUCAGGUAUUAUUUAUUCAGAAGAUUUACCUGAAUAUACUAGAAUAGGAUUUCUAGAAGCUGAGGGUUGUUUUAGUGUUUAUAAAUUAAAUAAAGACAAUGAUUAUUUAGUAGCUAGUUUCGAUGUAGCUCAAAGAGAUGGAGAUCUUUUAAUAUCUGCCAUUCGUGAAUAUUUAUCUUUUACCACUACUAUAUAUCUAGAUAAAACUAAUUGUUCAAAAUUAAAAGUUACAAGUGUAAGAUCAAUAGAAAAUAUUAUUAAAUUUUUACAAAAUGCACCUGUAAAGUUAUUAGGUAAUAAAAAAUUACAAUAUUUAUUAUGAUUGAAACAAUUACGUAAAAUAUCUAGAUAUUCAGAAAAAAUAAAAAUACCUUCAAAUUAUUAAAUGAGAUCAUGAUAUAGUCCG